UAGAGCGUGGCUGAGAGAGAACCGGAAUGUUUUGGAGACGCAUGAUAGAGGUAGAAGGAAAGAGGAUAGGAGAGCAGAGUGAGGAAGGAAAAAAGAUACUAAAGUGUGUAGCUCGGUGUCGUUGCUCGGUUCAAGUCGCACAGGAAAAAGUCGCAGGUCUUUACACUCCUCGGUCUUCACACGAGGAGGCUGAACACGACGGCUAAACGCUUCCGCAGACGCUUCCGCGUCAGCGCACACACCUCAAACAAAUACACAGUCUAGAGUGAAAAAAAGCUGUGGUCGCUUUUAAUUAGCACAACCACCAGCCAAUCGCAGGGCAAUGGCUCAAAUCGAAACUAACACUUCGCACUUAAGUGCAGGAAAGGAGUUUAAGCUAAAGGGCAGUUAUUAUAAUGAUCAGUUAGUGCAAUCAAAAAUAUAAACCACAACGAAAAAGCAGAAUAGAAAUAGGUAGGAAACAAACUAUUCUUUCCUAGCAACAAGGAAUUAAUUUAAACAACAGAGCUAAGAAUGAGUAUUAAAACACUUACGCACUGCCGUCUGUCUCUUCUGGUGACUAAUCGCCUUCUCCCGUACAUACUAGGCUAUAUGACUGCAAAAUCAUAGUUGGGUUUUUCUAAGUAUGUUUAGUAAAUGUUUAUUAUUAAUAGCCUACUCUGUUCAGAAAUAGAUUUUAAUAACGUGCUAAACAAUUAGUUUCUCAGAUAUAAGAUUUCUUUCUCUUUUUUAUGAUAGUACAAAGCAUGUGUGAGUCUAUGGCUACAAAACAUAUAUAUACACAGAUGUUCCUGAUAUUAACAUGCUCACAAAUGUUUUUUUGUUUGUAUUUUAUUGAAUCAGAUACCAGCACCAGAUGAAUCCUGAUGUCUCUUCAAACUGUUUUCGUCUGAGAGCGCUGCACCAACAUCAGAUGUUCAACUACACUGAUAUUCUAUGUUAAAACAAGCUCCUUUUCUACUGAUUAUGUUUUUUUCUUCUUGAAUCCAUGGAAAGAAGUAGAAACACUUAAAUAACACACGUAAAUAUCAGGUAUGAUUUACUUGUUUCACUUGUUGAACAGAAUCUGUUGCAGGAAUGACUCAAAGUCUGUUCACAUCUCUGUGGUUAGAUCAGUGUGCACAAUAAUGUGUCUUUGACCUUCAUUAUGUAUGUUUUGAUUAUACUGUGUUGUAAAUAAAAUACAAAUAAUUAAAAAAAAACUUUUUUUCAAUCUCCUCACAUUCUGUCUUACCUGCCUCACAGUCACACUGAUGGGCCAUCAGGGGCCAUUAGGGGAGGGCCCUUUGUCUCUCAGGUGAGACUCACUUAAUAUUCAUGGCCAUUGCCACUCCCUCGCAUAUAGACCCUCGAUGACAAAACAUGUCUUGAAAAUUUUAAAUCAAUAUAUUGUUUUCUGUGAAUGAGUAAGCAGAAUGAUUUUCACAUAAUUUUCAAGUAAAUAUUCUAGGCUACAAGACUGAUUACUCAAAAGUCUUGGUCAGGACUAUUUAGUAUGGGUUUUAAGGCCUUAUUUCAGCUACAUUUUUUCCCCCAAAACUUACUAACCACGCAUAAUAUUUUUUUUCUAAAAAAUGCAAACAUGUACAUCCAUCUUGGUCACAUAUUAUUGUAGCACAGUUUGUGCUGAAUACAAAAAAAAUUACAUGUUGGUCAAUAGUAUGUUUUAAGUAGCUGAAAUAAGCACAAAUAUCAGGGCAUGUCAAAACAUCUCAAGGGCCCCAAAAUGACCUCAGACCCCAGAGGGUUAAAUCAAUUCAAUGCACACAGACUGAAGUAGUUUAAGUCUGUGGUCUGUAGUUUGAGGCUUUUAAUUGUGAUGAUUUUGGCUCACAUUUAACAAAAACCCACCAAUUCACUAUCUCAACAAAUUAGAAUAUGGUGACAUGCCAAUCAGCUAAUCAACUCAAAACACCUGCAAAUGUUUCCUGAGCCUUCAAAAUGGUCUCUCAGGUUGGUUCACUAGGCUACACAAUCAUGGGGAAGACUGCUGAUCUGACAGUUGUUCAGAAGACAAUCAUUGACACCCUUCACAAGGAGAGUAAGCCACAAACAUUCAUUGCCAAAGAAGCUGACUGUUCACAGAGUGCUGUAUCCAAGCAUGUUAACAGAAAGUUGAGUGGAAGGAAAAAGUGUGGAAGAAAAAGAUGCACAACCAACCGAGAGAACCGCAGCCUUAUGAGGAUUGUCAAGCUGGGGUCAAGGCAUCAAGAGCCACGACACACAGACGUGUCAAGGAAUUUGGCUACAGUUGUCGUAUUCCACUUGUUAAGCCACUCCUGAACCACAGACAACCUCAGAGGCGUCUUACCUGGGCUAAGGAGAAGAAGAACUGGACUGUUGCCCAGUGGUCCAAAGUCCUCUUUUCAGAUGAGAGCAAGUUUUGUAUUUCAUUUGGAAACCAAGGUCCUAGAGUCUGGAGGAAGGGUGGAUAAGCUCAUAGCCCAAGUUGCUUGAAGUCCAGUGUUAAGUUUCCACAGUCUGUGAUGAUUUGGGGUGCAAUGUCAUCUGCUGGUGUUGGUCCAUUGUGUUUUUUGAAAACCAAAGUCGCUGCACCCGUUUACCAAGAAAUUUUGGAGCACUUCAUGCUUCCUUCUGCUGACCAGCUUUUUAAAGAUGCUGAUUUCAUUUUCCAGCAGGAUUUAGCACCUGCCCACACUGCCAAAAGCACCAAAAGUUGGUUAAAUGACCAUGGUGUUGAUGUGCUUGACUGGCCAGCAAACUCACCAGACCUGAACCCCAUAGAGAAUCUAUGGGGUAUUGUCAAGAGGAAAAUGAGAAACAAGAGACCAAAAAAUGCAGAUGAGCUGAAGGCCACUAUCAAAGAAACCUGGGCUUCCAUACCACCUCAGCAGUGCCACAAACUGAUCACCUCCAUGCCACGCCGAAUUGAGGCAGUAAUUAAAGCAAAAGGAGACCCUACCAAGUAUUGAGUACAUAUACAGUAAAUGAACAUACUUUCCAGAAGGCCAACAAUUCACUAAAAAUGUUUUUUUUUUUUUUAUGAAGUUUUUUUCUUAUGAAGUAUUCAAAUGUUUUGUGAACUGGUGAGUUUUUGUUAAAUGUGAGCCAAAAUCAUCACAAUUAAAAGAACCAAAGACUUAAACUACUUCAGUCUGUGUGCACUGAAUUUAUUUAAUACACAAGUUUCACAAUUUGAGUUGAAUUACUGAAAUAAAUGAACUUUUCCACGACAUUCUAAUUUAUUGAGAUGCACCUGUAUGCCUCUGGUCAUUGAUCUAUUUAGUUGGAUGCUGAGGCUUUUUUGGUCAGGGAGAAUCUGUGAUCUGAGGCAGCGAUACACUGUGUUUUUCACCAACUGACACCCCAAGGUGUUGAAAUAAUAUUGGGUAAAUUGGCAGUGGGUCGAAUCACAUAGACCAAAACAAAAACAAAAAUACCUACAAGGAAUGUCCAUUUCACAAUUGUUUUUCAGAAAAAAACAAGUAUGUGAAAUUAGCAUGCUUCCUAAAUAUUUGUAAUUUUCUAUGCCUUAUAUUAUGUAAUCAAUACAUGAAUGAGAAUCCAAGUCAGAAAUGAUAAAUACUGUACAUAACAUCAGUUGCUCAAAGAUGAAUACCAACCCACAAGCAUUCAACCAUCCAAUCAAUUCAUCAAGUCCUGUCAUUAAUUUUUUUCUUGUUUGAGAAGCUGUUUUUAUUUGUACAUACGUCACAAUAGAGAAGGAAAGACUAUCGCAACUUCAAGUUCAUACUGACUUUAAGGACAUGAUGACACAUGAUUUCUCACAUUGACCGCAGAACAGUUUUCCUCUAGCUUUAAAAAGAAGACAAGUGCUGACUACUUAAACACAUCUACACGGGAAGAAGGAACUACAUAAUUUAAUAAUUGAUGAUUAAAGAGCAAAAAUUUCUGAUGCUAUUUAUGAUGACAUGAUCAUGGUUGAGGAAAUGAAGAGAGAGAGGGUGGAGAUGACGGUGGAUAUCUAUGAGAGUGUAGAUUGUGUGACAGAUCAUGACUUCACGACAAAGACAAACACACUCCAACCACUGCAGCACACAGGAAGUGAUUCAGUGAAAAGCAGAAGCUCCAGAGCAGCUGUAGCAUGUUUGGUUCUGCUGUGUGUUCUUCUGCUGACUGCAGUCAUAGUGCUGUGUGUCCACAUCCAUACAAACAACACAAACAACGCGCAAGAGACAAAACAGCUACAAUUCAAGAUCACCAACCUCACAGAAGAGAGAGCCAAGCUAAUAAAUCAACUUUCAAUUCUUUGUAAAGAGUAUGAAUGGAUUAACUAUCAAUCCAGUUUUUACUUCAUGUCCACUGAGAAGAAGAACUGGACUGAGAGCAGACGGGACUGUCUGAAGAGAGGAGCAGAUCUGAUCAUCAUAAACAACAAAGAGGAACAAGAUUUUGUUAAGAAUAUUACUGAGAAAGGAGAAUUCUGGAUUGGUCUGACUGAUACUGCUGAAGAGGACAGAUGGAAAUGGGUUGAUGGCACAAACAUCACCACUGGGUUCUGGGCGUCCAGUGGAGAAAUAAAAGAGCCAAAUGGAGGAACAGUAGAGAACUGUGCUGUGACUUAUUUAACAAAGUGGACUGAUUUAUUAGGGUGGCUUGAUGUUAAAUGCAAUGGUACUUAUCAAUGGAUAUGUGAGAUGAGUAUAUGGCCCUAGGAACACCCCCCCCCCCCCAUUUUUGUAGAGUUUAACAGUACAAAAUAUUCACACUUAAUGAUUAUCAUCUAAAGCAGGGCUGCCCAUUCCUGCUCUUGAAGUUCCACCUUUGAAGCAAUGUAGAUCUAGCACACUGUUGUUUUAGUAUAAGUAAUAUGCUAUUAUAUUUUUUAUUAUUAUUAUUUUAUUAUUUUGCAUUUGUUUUCAUUUAUAUAUUCCUGUUUUCCUGAUUUUAAUUUUGUUGUGUGUUUUUAUUUAAAUACUUCUAGUUAAAAUAAAUAGAAAUAUUUCAUUCUUUGAGUAACUAGCCCAACACUGAAUGAGAGUUACUUAAUUAUGCAAAUUAAUGACAGUUAGUCGAAGUGUAGUUGCAAAGUUACUUAGUAGAAUGUCUAAAGUGGACUAUCAAAAUAAAAUGUAACUACAUUUUGUGUUAUAUAUAACAAAAGUAAUUAAUAAUUGACAACUAAAAUAAUGCACACCAGAGGUGGUGAUGACAUGAAGUUAUUCUGCUUAUACUACAGUUACCACACCUCAAAUAUUGUGUAAUAUAAUCAGAUGUUUUGUAUUGAGGCGGUUUGAUUCUUUGAAAGCUUACUUUACAUACAUUUAUCAUCUUGUUUCACAUGUUACCCUUAAUGUUAUUUUCAUCAUGAUGUGUCACUCCACACUGGUCAGUGCCUGUCCCGUAAUUCAAGUCAGCGUUUUACGUGUUUUUAAGAAUCAAAUACACAUCUGUAGAGGAUUGGAUCUCUAAAAGAGCACAGCUGAGUAGUGUUCAAAAUGUAAAAACUGUGACCUGCUUUAGAAAGGUUUGGUAUGAUUAAAUAUACAGAUAUAAAUAUACAAGCUCCAGAUCAGCUACAGUGAGUUUCUUGUGUUCCUCUCAUGGACUAUUCCUCCUCUUACAUUUGCUCUGUCAAUGCUGAUCUAACAUGAGGAAGAACAACAGAACAAAAGCUAAUUUACCUCCAUGUCUGUCAUAAUCAGAAAGGUCAUGAACUAAUGCUUCAGAACAGAAAUGUUCACAAGUCUUUAACCUGGAGUCCGAGUAAAGUCUGAAGUCUUUGUCA